CGCUAUUUCAUGGAGUUUAUCCCGUUGCGACCACUAUAAUACUAUCUUCAACUCUGCAACAUCUCCGGAUAACUUCUUGCACACUAUGGCGAUCUCCAUAAGUGAUACGGAGACUUUUUCCACCGACAAGAAAACCACCGAGCAGACUCCUCUCUACUAUGCCAACUCUAGCGACAACAGAAGGGUCAAUGUUUCGUACCACUACAAUCCUGAAGUCAGUCAGUACCACUACGGUGCGCUACAUCCGAUGAAACCAUUUCGUUUGAUGUUGACAGACCAUUUGGUCAUCUCUUAUAAGCUCUAUGAGAAAAUGGAUUUGUUCACACCGAGAAGAGCCACCAAAGAAGAACUACUCGCAUUUCAUUCAGAAGAUUACAUCAAUUUCCUCCAGACCAUCACCCCGGAAAAGACUGCCAAAUUGCCGGACCAAACCUUAGCACAGUUCAACAUUGGAGACGACUGCCCUGUCUUUGAUGGAAUGUACGAUUAUAGUGCUAUCUAUGCUGGAGCUUCCCUUGAUGCUUCACGUAAAUUGAUUAGUGGCAUGUCUGAUAUCGCCAUUAACUGGUCUGGAGGCUUGCACCACGCGAAAAAGUUUGAACCGAGCGGGUUCUGCUAUGUGAACGACAUUGUCUUAAGUAUCAUGAACUUGCUCAGAGUACACCCCCGAGUCAUGUACAUAGAUAUCGAUCUCCACCACGGGGACGGGGUUCAGGAAGCCUUUUACACGACAGAUCGUGUCAUGACUGUCUCAUUCCACAAGUAUAACGGUGAGUUCUUUCCCGGAACUGGCUCUGUAGAUGAAACCGGUUUAGGUAAGGGAAAGAACUAUGCCAUAAAUGUACCGCUUAGAGACGGGAUAGACGACGAAUCAUAUAUACGAUUAUUCAAGCUGAUUAUGGAGCCGUUAAUCUCCAAAUUUCAGCCAACUUGUAUAGUUCAGCAGUGUGGAGCUGACUCACUUGGUUACGACAGAUUGGGAUGUUUCAAUUUGAACAUUAGAGCACAUGGAGAAUGUGUCAAGUUCAUUAAAUCGUUCGGCUUACCGAUGUUGGUUCUUGGAGGAGGUGGAUAUACGCCCAGAAAUGUUUCCCGGUUAUGGUGCUACGAAACAUCGGUAUUGAACGAUGUUACUCUCAACCACAAGAUACCUAAUUACCUCCCUACAUACGACUGGUUUGGUCCUGAUUUCUCAUUGCAUCCUCAGCUUGAGGGCCGAAUCGACAACAAGAACUCUAAGAAGUAUCUUGAAAGUGUCAAGCAGGAGAUUCUUGAACAGUUGCGAUACCUCAACCAUGCUCCAUCUGUUCAGAUGCUGGAGAUCCCACCAGAUAUCACGGGACUCACAGAGGAGGAAGAAGACUUCAUACGAGAGUUGAAUGAGGAAACGAAUCGUCCGGAUCAGAUCAUGAAGGACGAGACUCGCGAGGGAGAGUUGAUGGUAUGAGCUAAUGAUAAAAGUUGUAAUAUAAUGUAAUCUAGUAAGGCUAAUAUAUGUUAAUAUUGAU